AUGGAAGGAUCAAAAAUCAUUGAUACUCCUAUUGCCACAGCUACUCGUCUGGACAUGGUUGAACCUGGUUCCUCUAUGGAUGAGACCAUGUAUAGAGGUAUCAUAGGAUCACUCCUGUAUUUCACAGUAAGCAUACCAAAUAUUGUUUUUAGUGUGGGUCUUUGUGCUAGGUUUCAAUCUAAUCCAAAGGAAUCUCAUUUGAAGACAGUCAAGAGAAUCCUGAGAUAUCUCAAAGGGACACAGGACUUGGUUCUCUACUAUCCCUUAGGAGACAAUUUUGAUUUAAUUGGGUAUGUAGAUUCUGACUACACUGGGUAUCUAGUGGAUAGGAAAAGCACUUCUGGCAUGGCACAUUUUCAGGGUUCAUAUCUGAUUUUAUGGGGGUACAAGAAAACAAAACUCAGUGGCCCUCUCAACUGCAGAAGCUGA